UCGUCACAAGGAACACCUACCAACCUCAACGUGAAAUCACCUGGUGAUGAUCAGCGACCCCAACAAGUUAAUAACAUCCAAAAUCAGAUCAACAACUGGGGCCUAGGGAACGAUGAUCGUAAAAUGUUGAUGGAGAUGAAAUACAAGAUCGACUCUUUGCAUAAAAAAUCGACAUCUAGAGGUAAUUCGAGGUUUAUCCGUGUUUCUAUUCUUGAGAAGUUACUUUUUGUAACGGCCUAGGAAUUUCGCGAAUUGAAGUCAUGGUAUGAAAGCACAGGGAAAUUUAUCCUUAUAGUGGUAACGAUAUUUUAAGGGUGUUGAAAGGGCCGUUUUAAUCAAAACUUCAUUCAUACGAUAGGAAGACUCGUCGAUUUUGCUCUCUUCAGAAGUAAGACAAAUUGGGUGCCAUUUUGCAGUGAAAGGUACAUACCUGUAUACGAAAAAGGGUGGGGUAUCUAUUCUCGGCUGUAAACAUGAUGAAAGAAAGGGGGAAUGAGUUGGACCUCUAAGCGGAGCCUCUCCAGGUAAAUCUUUGCUGAGCACUCCCCCGAGUUUUUUCAAUGAGACGUGAUGUGUUUAAUCAAGGAUUCUCUUAAAAACUUGCCAAACUAUGUCUCGUAAACUUGUAAAGCAAAAUGUGUCUAACUGAAUUCCUUUUUUUAACAGUUUGCCCUGAAGACGGUUGGGUUAGUUUUGCCAAUAACAGCUAUCUCAUUAUUGACAUCCCAACCUUAAAUUGCUCUCAUGCUCGAAGAAUGUGCCAGAUGCUCGGAGGAGAUCUCGCUAUAAUCAGAUCUGCAGCUGAAAAUGCCUUUAUAUUCACACUGGUAACAAAACAGUCAACAGUCCAGGAGUGGGGGGUCUGGCUGGGAUUCGUACGCAAAGCCGACAAUAAGUUUUAUUGGAUUGAUGGCACUGCAAUGGCAAAUGGUUACACGGCUUGGGGUAGGGGCGAGCCGAACAACGUGGGGGAAAAGUGUGGAAACAUGUUCGGUAAAGGAGGUCGGGCAGGAAAGUGGAACGACAUACCAUGCUCUGUUGUUCCAGACAAACUGAAGUAUACCCCAGUUAUACUUUGCAAGAAAAAAGCAAACUAA